GCGCAGUCAGUGUGCCACAAGACUGUUAGCACGCUGAGCUAAACCCAAACCAUUAGGCUAUUCAUCAGUGUAGUUCACGGAACCAUCUCUUCUACACUUGUGUGUGUGUGUAUAUAUCCGUAUUAUUUCGUUACGCAGAAACUGUCUGAUUGACCAUAUUAGGUGUGGUAUCUAGCACGCACACACAUACACACAAUACCUAUCCGGCGCAGGAGGCAAGCGGCGCGGCUGAUGCGUUUCGCGCAUUCCCUGAAGCUUGCGCUCACACAGUGAAAUGGGUGAGAGCGAUAGAGACAGAGGAAAACUAGAGAGCGAUUUAGGGGAUCGAUAGCCUGCCAUUGGUUAGCUCUGUUAGCCGUGGGACCCACCGGGCAAGCAGACUGACAUCCCGUGUAAAAAGGAGAACCAGCGCUCAGAAGCUGUUCAGGCUACUGAGUGCGAGCUGCUGAUGUCUCGGUCUUCCCCGCCCUAGACCGGGUCAGAAGCUGUUCUAACGGGGACAGUCUACGAUCAGAUGAUCAGGACCGGAGCCGUUCUCUGUGAUUCCUCAUCGGUGUUUACUCCUCGCCUCCCGCCACCGAGACCUCUUCCUUAUUCUUUCCGCUGACAACAACCCUCCUUAUAUCUACCAUCUGCACAGGACGGACUGUAAGCAAGCACAGAAGGCACCGACUGUCGUUUGUCAGUAACCGAUCUGGUUUUGCGCGAUCAGGUUCGGUACCGGACUGUGACCUAUAGACUAUUAGGGACGAAGAUGGGUGUUUUUAACAGUGUGUGUGUGUGUGUGUGUGUGUGUGUGUGUGACGUGUGUACUUUUCAGAGUCUGAGUGGUUGAAUGGAUUCUUGGUAUGUAGGAUCAUCCAUCUAAUAUGGUGACUAGUUAGAACUAACAGACUUACAGACAGACAGACCAUCUGCACACACGCCACCAUGCCAGUGUUCCAUGGGUUGCUGAAGGUGCGUGUGUGUGAGGCGGUGGAUUUGAAGCCCACCCCCUGGGCACUCCGCCAUGCGGGGGGGAAGAACUCUUCCUCAUUCCUCCUGGAUCCCUACCUCACCCUCAACCUGGACCAGACGCACCUGGGACAGACCUGCACCAAGAACAGGACCAACUCCCCGGCAUGGAACCAUGACUUUACAGCCCAGAUGACGGGGGGGAGGAAAUUGGAGAUGUCAGUGUUCCAUGAUGCACCAAUCGGAUAUGACGACUUUGUGGCUAACUGCACCAUACAGCUGGAGGACAUUCUGCAGAACAGCAGCACACACUACCAGGCCUGGGUUGAUUUAGAACCAGAGGGGAAGGUCUAUGUAAUUAUCGAUUUGUCAGAAACUUCUACUGAAGCCUCAGCUGCCAAUGAGAAUGAGGAGCGUGUGUUCCGAGAGCGGAUUGGUCCUCGGCGGCGGCAGGGGGCCGUCCGGAGGCGUGUCCACCAGGUUAACGGACACAAGUUCAUGGCCACGUAUCUACGGCAACCUACCUACUGCUCACACUGCCGAGACUUUAUCUGGGGAGUGCUGGGAAAGCAGGGCUAUCAAUGCCAGAUGUGCACGUGCGUGGUCCACAAGCGCUGCCAUGAGCAUAUCAUCACCAAGUGUGCCGGGAUGAAGAAGCAGGAGGAUACACCCGAGGAGGUUGGUGGCCAGAGGUUUAGUGUCAACAUGCCUCAUAAGUUCAGAAACCACAACUACAAGGCCCCUACCUUCUGUGACCAUUGUGGAUCUCUACUAUGGGGACUGAUGAGGCAGGGCCUGCAAUGCAAGGUGUGUAAGAUGAAUGUCCACAAGAGGUGUGAGGCCAACGUAGCUCCCAACUGUGGUGUGGAUGCCAAAGGCAUUGCCAAAGUCCUGGCUGAAAUGGGAGUCACUCCUGAAAAUAUUUCCACUACUGCACAGCGCAGGAAAAAGUUACCACCAGGGAUAGACUCCCAGUCACCUUCAGAACUCUCAGACGAGCUUCCCCCCACCUCCCCCUCACAGCACGAGCUGGCUGAGUUGGAGCGGCUACAACGGGGGAUGUCGUUAGAGAUGCAAGGCUCUUCCUCCUCCUCCUCCGGUUCCUCCUCUACCUCGCGGGACAACGGAGCAGCGAAGAGGACUCUCAAAGACUUCAGCUUCAUCAAGGUCUUGGGGAAAGGAAGCUUUGGAAAGGUGAUGUUAGCAGAGCUGAAAGGCAGUGAGGAGGUGUUUGCAGUGAAGGUGUUGAAGAAGGAUGUGAUCCAGCAGGAUGAAGACGUGGACUGCACCCUGACCGAGAAACGCAUCCUGGCCCUGGCACGCACACACCCCUACCUCUGCCAGCUCUACUGCUGCUUCCAGACCCGGGACCGUCUGUUCUUCGUGAUGGAGUACGUGAACGGAGGAGACCUGAUGUUUCAGAUCCAACACUCCAGGAAGUUUGACGAGGCUCGCUCUCGCUUCUACGCUGCUGAAGUCACCUCCGCACUCAUGUUCCUGCACCGCAACGGGGUCAUAUACAGGGAUCUGAAGUUAGAUAACAUAUUGUUGGAUGCAGAGGGCCACUGUAAGCUAGCAGACUUUGGCAUGUGUAAGGAGGGCAUCAUCAAUGGAGUCACCACAACCACGUUCUGUGGCACGCCUGAUUACAUAGCGCCUGAGAUCCUACAGGAACUGGAGUACGGUCCAUCAGUGGACUGGUGGGCUCUGGGUGUGUUAGUGUAUGAGAUGUUGGCUGGCCAGCCUCCGUUUGAAGCAGACAACGAAGACGACCUGUUUGAGUCUAUCCUCCAUGACGAUGUCCUCUACCCCGUCUGGCUCAGCAAGGAGGCUGUAUCCAUCCUCAGAGCUUUUCUGACUAAGACCCCAGGCCAGAGGUUAGGGUGUGUGUUGUCUCAGGGUUGUGACGAGGCCAUUAAGAAACACUCAUUCUUCAAAGACAUCGACUGGACGCUGCUGGAGCAGAGACGACUCAAACCCCCCUUCAAACCACGCAUUAAGACGAGGCGUGAUGUGAAUAACUUUGACGAGGACUUCACCAGAGAAGACCCAGUGUUAACUCCCACAGACGAGGCUGUUAUCAGACAGAUCAACCAGGAGGACUUUAAAGGUUUCUCUUUCUGUGCAGAGACACAGAUCUGAGAACGUAGAUGCCCCUCUAGGGUUCAGAUGUGUGUGUGUGUGUGUGUGUGUGUGUGUUUCUGUAGAGGAGUCUGAAGCGUGGACCGGUGCUACUGGUUACAAAAAUGACUGCUGCCUAAAAAAAAGAUAAAAAAAUUCCUUUGGUCAAAAUGUUGAAAACAUUUGUCAAAUACUUCUGUUGAAAACAUUUGUCAAAUACCUGUGUGCUUUAUUUGGUUUGUCUGGUACAAUGGAACCAAUGGAAUAGUCCCAAAAGUGCAAACUCCAAGGUAAAUGAAGUGCAUUGGCGGGAUAUAUAUUGUAUUUUUUAUUUCUUUGAUUAGUUGAUAUAGUUUUUGUUUGUACUGAUUUUUAAAAAAUUGUGUCGGUGUUCCAUUGCUGUUCCAUUGACUCAUUUCAACUACCUUCACCAAUCAGAGAUGAGUAGUCUUCAACGUAGUACAGACCACCUCACUCUCACUCCCUAUUUCUGUCCUGUGUGUGUGUGUGUGUGUGUGUGUGUGUGUGUGUGUGUGUGUGUGUGUGUGUGUGUGUGUGUGUGUGUGUGUGUGUGUGUGUGUGUGUGUGUGUGUGUGUGUGUGUGUGUGUGUGUGUGUGUGUGUGUGUGUGUGUGUGUGUCUCUCUCUCUCUCUCUCUCUCUAUCUGUGUACAGCGUGUGUUGUGUGUAUGUUCUGGGGUGUUUGGCUUUGUGACUGACAUGAUGUCCCCUGUCACUUUUGUUCCCACCACCACCCCAACCCCCUUCUUCACAGAAGCCAUCUCACUUUUAGUUUCUGCCUCUGCUUUUCUAUCCAUUUCCUUUUAUGUUCCGUUUUGUAAUCUCUACCUAUAGUGCACUACUUCAUGUACACACACAUACUCACAUAUACUCACAUAUACUCACAAGCGCACACGAGCACACGCACGAGCACACACACACACACACACACACACACAUGCAUGCUAGAAUCCUUAGUUGCUACAUUCAUUUUUGGACUUAUAAAUUAACCAUAUAUACCCAUUGAUUCUUGAAGAAUAUAACUUAUAAAUGCCUCAUGAGCUUAAUUCAACUGUCGUACCCACCAGAACACAAAAUAUAAGCUUGUUUUACUCCAAUGUUUGUAAACAACGUACACGUAAACAAACACUGUAUAGCCUCAAACAUGGUUAAAACUAUAAUGUUGAUAUCAUGGAUGGUCAGUCCUUAUAUCCUCAUAACAUGGUUAAACUAUAAUGUUGAUAUCAUGGAUGGUCAGUCCUUAUAUCCAUAGCGUAGUCCAUGAAUUUGAGAUUGGUAACAUUUCUCCAGCCCCAUCCUUUAGCUUUUUAGUGAAACGGGAGCGGGGAGCGGGCUUUGUUAUUGUUUCAAUUAAGGAUUCUAGCUUUAAAGACAGAGCUGGUUCAUAUGGCAGGCCUGUUAAAGAUGAUGUAGUAACGCUAUGUGCACCCCAGGGUAAGGUUGUUCCUGGUCACACUAUUUCACUCUCUGCUGAAUGUAGUGUGACACCAGAAGUGCUUGCUGUCUGUCUGUCUGUCUGUCUGUCUGUCUGUCUGUCUGUCUGUCUGUCUGUCUGUCUGUCUGUCUGUCUGUCUGUCUACAAUAAACACUCAACUGUCAACACAAAACGACCUCUCCCAUUUUCUCUAACUGAGCGUGCACGUGCAUGUGUUAGUGUUGUCGAUAUGUGUGUGUUUGUGUAUGUGUUAGUGUUGUCGAUGUGUGUG